UAACCACCUCACAACAUGGCAGAUGCGUCUCUUCGCCACAGCACAGCCUCUGCCCAAGACCAAAACACGAUACUGACUAAUAAUGAAUCCGGUUGUUCAAAAGCGCAAGAGCAACCGCUCCGGCAUCCUCUUGGUGGUAUUACGCCCAAGAUUCAUGAUGUUACAGAAAAAUUCACGAAAGCGUGUAAUGCCCUCGAAGUUGGACAGCUCGUCAAAGAUGACUACUUCACGCUGUUCGAGUCCAUCGGGGCUAUUGAGAUCAUGGACCCCAAGAUGGACAGCGGAUUCCUGCAACCCGGAGAGACUCUCGAGGACGACUAUGAUUGUUUGACCCCUCUCCUUCCGGAAGAGCUGAUUGGGAUCAUGGAUCAGCUUCUUUGCUAUGAGAUGGCAUGGCAUACCGGCUAUCCUCUUUCUCAAACUUUGUUCACAUCCCUCUAUAUCGAUAAGCUUCUAUGGCCUGAAACUAGGAUACUCGAGAGAGCGCAGUUCUAUCGCGGCGACAUCCCAGACGACAAAAGACCGGGACCGCUUCUCCAGGUGCUGAGAGCGUAUUGUUUAGCGCUAAUCAAAGGUUGCGACUUUGUGAUAGCCAAGAUUGCUGCAAGAGAUUACUUUGAAGAAGAGGAUUUCUGCACGCAGACAUACAAUCGUGUGCUGUUUGUGAGCAUACCGAUGGACGUAUUCCUGAGAGAAUUAGACUCUGCUAUGGAGGUAGUCGAAGAUGAAAGCCUCGAAAUCAACACUGCUUUACGGUCUGCGAUCCACUCGAGACUGGAAUUCAGGAAAGACUUCCUUCGAGCACAGGAUCUGGACCUCCCACUUGAUCUGAUAUCGUACUCCUGGCCGACUAUACUAGAAAAUCUCGGGACGCUCAAGAACACACAUCAACUAGGCCAAGUAGUACCAGGCGCUUUUAGCACAAAGAUGCAGAGACGACUCGCAUCAACAGUGCCUCCACGGCCGAUUGUAGAGCUCGAAUUCAAAGAUGCAUUGGAGAAGUUGCAACAACUCUGCACUGACUGCAAGGAAGCGACACGCUUCAUUAGCCUUCCACAAGAUCCUCUCGAGUACCAGUCCUUUCUCUGGUUCUUCGCCUCUCGCUCACCUGCACCUCUAGCGUACUCGAGGUCGUACUUAGCCACACUACUCUUUCAUCCAGACGUACUUCAAACAUCCGUGUCGCUUCCAUUGUCAGAUGUCAAGACGCUCGUCUUCCCCGCAUCGCCAGUAUUGGACCCGGUGAACUGGACAUUCUCCCCGCCUCGGAACCCGAUGCUACCAAAGCCACCACGACUGCAGCUUGCCAUGCUUGUUGAUGAGUUUGUAGACAGAUGUGGACAGCCAUACCUCGAUCUCUGGGUCGCGCUAGGUCAGAACCGCUGCCGCCUGCGACGCAUGUUGACUCACGUAAUUACUGGUUGGGACAUGCUGCAAGCAGAUGCGAGCUCAGUAGAUGCGGAUAUAUCGCAGGCCGCCGAAGAGCUGGGUAUUACUGAUCAAGUUCUAGAGUUCUCGCUAUCAACAUGGGUAUAUCACAAGAAGCUCUGGAUGAUCGAAAAGAUCAUUCUCCUCGGCUUCGAACAGGACAUCUACCUACCCGACGAGUUCAGCGGCAUGUAUCUCUUCCUAUCUCUCAUUGCCACACGGCGGAAAGAACUGCUCAAACGCGUCGAAGCCCACUACCUCAGACGAGGCGAACAACUACUCAAGUCAAGGAAUUUGCGCGAUGCACAAGAGGUGGAUGACGCAGGACCGUAUCUCGACAGCCUGCUCGCCGAGGCAGAAGGCGUCGCCUCGUUAAGUCUGGCUUUAGCUCGCUUCUACAUCAUCUUGCUCUACCUGCACAUGUUGCCGCUGCCGAAACGCCCCUUUGCCAAAGAAGAACUGCGCUACGAACUACGCAUGAAGCCCUUCCUCAGCCUGCAACCACCCGAAGCUCCGCCAUUUGAAGACUUCAAAGCACACACGCAGCCGUACGGUGACUUUGCUGCGCCCGAUCCUGCUUUCCAAUUGGAUCUUAAUGACAUGGCCUCGGAUCUGUGGACGGAAGUAGACAGGCACCUCAAAGCAGCCAAGGAAGCCUUUGCCGACGUCAAGAAGAUGGGGCCCAAAGCAGUGAAAGCGGAAGGUGUCGCGACGGCAUGGAAUAAAGAUGUUCAGAGCGCGUUGGCGAGUUGUAUAGCGCUUGGUGUUGCUGUCGCGGGUGUCAAGGGCGCUGUGUCCAAGACUAAUGCAGCUAGUAGUGAGAGCUUGGGUAUCAAGGUUGUGAUACCGGAAUCCGGGGCGGGCAAGAGGUAUGCUGAAGGGUGGAUUGUUGCGAAGAUUUUGAAGAUGGAGUAGAUGUGUAUAGAAGUUCUUAGGAGGAGGAAAGAUUGUACCUGUAUAUCCGGGGGUCUAAUGGGGCAGGGUCUUGAAGUCAAGGUUGAGUUAGAUCGUAAGCGCGCAGGUGCACUUGAGCACAUUGAGUCUUGUUUGAAUUAUAGACCUCUCAAGAGAAGUAACUGAAUUGGAAUUCCACA